CAAAAAUGAGCACAAAUUGGUUCAAAAACUUCGCAGGCUUCAAGCAAACCGAGUUCGAGAUGCUUCAGGUUCCAAACCCGGAAGUCGAGUUCGGCAUCCACGUCACCAUUCGGAGCAUGCAAGCCGGAGCACUCAUCGGAUCGAUUCUCGGACCACUGACAGUUUUGUUGUCGCGUCAAGAGUUCAAUAAACAGAAAUAUAGAGACUCAUUCGUCUCGGGAGGUAAAAACGGUGCUCUACUCGGAGUUGUAAUUGGACCAGCACUUGCCUACUUCUCCAUGCGUGAUAUGAGCACGAUCUCGUUGUUCGACAAGGUCUACCGUCUUCGUUUCAACAAAGAUGCUCUUCGUGAAGACCGAGCCGCUGUCUUCUCCGCUGCAGUCGGUGUGAUCAGCUCUGGAUCUGCUGGCCUCGUUGUUGGUCUUGAUCUUUCGAUGCUCAUCACCAGAUUGAUGCGUGGUUGCCAAUGGUGAACAUUCUCCGAAAUAUUGUAAAUAUAUUCAAUUUUGUCUAGAAUACCUUCUCAUUUUAAUUCAAUAAUCUUUCUGUUAGCUGCUCCUAGUUGUGUUUUGUUUUCCCUCAUUAUCCUUCUACUUUUUAAAAUAAUUUUUGUAAUAAAGUUGAUUUUU